UGGCCACACUGUCAGGGUUCGUGUGUUCGGGUUGUUCGGCUUUUCGUCCUGCGAGAACGACGGAACAUCAACAUCGUGUGUGUGCAUAAUCCAGAGGGUGUGACCAAAUCGAACGACACCGAAUUUUCAUACUUUGCCCAGUCUUCGGAAUGUGAAGGUCCUUGUUCGUGUGUUGUGUUGCCUUCUUUACUAAACUGCAAAAACAAUAAAUUAAGCUCAACCGAAAACUUCAAUUAAGAAACCUAAACAAACAUAAGGAGCAACGCAAACUGUUUAAAUCGAGAUGCGAAUAAUGAAUCAGAUGAUUGUGACGACGAGGUCAAAGUUUAUCAACUAAAGUGUGCUGCAAAAAUGCACUGCAAUUUAGAUUUGGUGUCAAGAGCUUAGGAAACUUAGGCCCGUGAGCACGUAGCAGGAAAACGCAGCAGCUGUGGCGACUAAGGGAAAAUCCACCAGGAACAACAAAGGAAUAUAAAGUCAAGACACACACACACACACACCAGAGCACAGACAACGGACGAGGAAGAAACUAGGAGAGGAUGGGCGACUAUCACGAGUUUACGGACCAGUACAAGGUGCCGGUGAUAGCGAAGCUACUCCAUGCCCUGCCCCACUAUAACAUCACGUUCCAUAAGAUCAAUAGCACGUUCCGGCCCAAUGAUGAGAUCUAUCUGGAGAGUUUGGGCAUCUUGGGCUCUGUGCCGGCCGCCCUGCUCAUUGUGUCGCUGCUGGGAUUGCUCUUCUAUUUAAUGACCCGCUGCUGUGACCGGAAACCACGUCCUGCCCACUCGAUCACCAGCUUGAAAGUGGCCCUCUCCAUAGUCACGGUCAUGUGCUGUGCGGCCAUCGGAUUGGGAUUGUAUGGCAAUGAUGAUCUGCACAAUGGACUGCUGGAGGUACUGACGGCGGGCAGGAAGGUGGAUAAUUUGGUGACCACCAUAAGGAAUCAAACGCACAUCCUGGAGAAUACCCUGACGAAUCGUAUACGACCGCAGCUGGUGGAGCUGGCGGAUAUCUUUGAUCAACCGGUGUCCAAUCAAACGGCGCUCUCCAAGCUCUUUGUUUCGCUCAAUAUUGUCCAGGGAAAUGUUACUUUGGCCACAAAUGCAGCCAGUGAUAUACGACGACCCCUAAUGGGUAUCUCCAUGACGCACUUCCUGACGCGCGGUGACCAAUGGGAGCUGAUCCGCUGGCCCGGCACGGUGGCCACCUUGGCCCUACUCCUUGUCCUAUGCGCUGUUCUCCUGGUGGGCGUGGCGCGGCACUCACGCUGCGCCCUAAUCCUGUUCAGCGUCUGCGGUUUGCUGGCUGUGACUGGUUCCUGGUUGAUGUCUGGCUUGUAUCUUUCCUCCUCGGUGGCUGUCGGUGAUCUGUGCAUCUCGCCGGCGGACUUCCUGGUAUCCACCGCUCCUCGGGACUUGCCCACCAAUGUGCUGCUCCACUAUACCCAAUGCGAGCCGGGUCACACGAAUCCUUUCACCCAGCGACUGAGGGAGUCGCAGAAUUCGCUGAAUAACGCCCGGAGCGCUAUGGCGACCGUGAUGAAGAUAUCCCUGGUGCUGUUCAAGUCAUCCGGAUUGCAGCCCAAAUUGGGAGCUGUGAAUGCGGAUUUGAAUAGCAGUGAGAGAUUGCUGACCCAAUUGACAGCCCUGGUGGACUGCAAGGCGGUUCAUCAUAACUUCCUGGCCGCUGCCCGAGGACUGUGCGAGGGUGGAUUACUGGGACUGGUGCUGAUGCUCAUAGCCAGCUUCAUAGCUGCCAUACUGCUGACCAUUAUGGUUUGGGUGGAUUCGCACACUUGGAUCUACAUACGGAAGAGGAAUGACUAUGCCCAGGUGGACGAACCAUCGUAUAUAUCACAUCCGGCUCCACAGAAUCACCAGCAGAUGAUGAAUGCCGCCAGGACACUGCCACGCAAUCAUAAUGGGCACUUCAGUCCACCGGUCAUCAGUGGCUCCCACACGCUGCAGCAUCCCAGCAAGCGGCAGCAGCACGAGAUGAUGGCCCACGCCCACAUUCAGCAGAAUAUGCGCGCCAUGGGCACCCACACGCUGGGCCGGCUGCCCUCGCAUAACCACAGCCCCACCCACAUGACCGGUCCCAAUAAUGCAGGAGCAGCAGCCAAUGUCGCCGCCAAUCUACCACCGACGACGCAGGCCGCCCAACAGCAGCAGCAGCAGCAGCAACAACAGCAACAGCAGCAGCAACAGCAGCAGCAGGCACAGCAGCAGCAGCAACAGCAGAUGGGAGGACCGCAGCCGAUAUAUUGCCACCAUCCGCACCAGCAUCCGCAUCCACAUCCGCAUCCCCACCAGCAUCCGCAUUCGCAUUCAGCCGCCGCCGUGGCCGCUGCAGUGCAGCAUCAGCAUGCGAUCUACCAUCAGCAGCAGGCGCAGGCGCAACAGUAUGGCACAUACACAACGGCGGCCCACCAUGCGCCGCAUCACUUGGGAUCGGGUCAGAGCCAGAUCUACCAGCAGAUACCGGCUCACCUGGCCCCACAAUUGGCGGCCAAUGGGAAUCCGCAUUCCAUCUACCAACCCCUAGUUGCCGUCAGCCAGGGUUCCAUUUAUGUUUCGAACUUGGCCACGAUGAGGAGACAGAAUAGCCAGGGUGGUCCCCAGAUACCGGCGCAUCAGCAUCCGCCGAUUUUACAGCAGCAGCAGCAACAGCCACCGCCUCCGUCGCAGCAACAGCAGCAGUUGCAUCAGUUAAAGUCACCGCAGCAACAUCAACAGCAGCUUCAGCAUCAGCAGCAGCAACAGCACCAGCACCAGCAACAGCAGCACCAGCAGCAGCAACAUCAUCAGCAGCAGCAACAGCAACCGGAAUCGGAUGUUAUUCCCAUUAGCACGGCAAUGGAUAGCGCCAUUUAUGAUCGCGAUAAGCAGAUCUACAAAUGCUCCACUCUCAGGCAGGGCGGCAAGUUUGAUCCCAAGUACAAGCCAUCGAUACUGAAUUGCCCCCUGCCCGAGAUCCCCAAGGAUGCGGAGCAGCCCAAGGUGGAGUCCAUCUAUCAGCAGCAACAGGCCCAGCACCAGAAUUACUCCAAAACGCUGCAGCGUCCACCAAUGAAGCUGCCGCCGCAGAUGAAGGCGAUUCCACCGCCACGCAUUGGUACGCCCACAUCGCCACCGCCGCCCGCCAAUCAGCCGCUGAACGAUGCCAUCGGAAUAGUGCCGGCUGGCCUCCAGAAUGGAGGAGGAGGAGGUGGAGCAGGAGGAGCAGGAGCAGGUGGUGCCAAUGAGGAUACUUCAUUGCCGCCGCCACCUCUGGAGGCGCAGGCGGAGGCGGUCAAGGGCAGGAUGGGACCGGGAGCGGCCAAUGGCAAAAUCCUGCAUAAUGGAGCCGGAGGAGGAGGAGGCGGUGGUGGUGGUGGUGGAGCGGUGGAUGAUGAUGAUGAUCUGCCGCCACCGCCGCCAGCGAUAACCGAUGAGAGCAACUAUGCGGUCACGGAGCUGUAAGAUGGCAUCAACGACAAGGGAUAAAGGAUAUUCCGCAGGAAUUGGUCGAGCCUGUAGGACCUGGACAUUGGGAUGGGAUGGAGUCUUCCUAGAAUUCUCGUGUAUGAUAGGCAAUGGACAUGGCAAUGGCAUUACUUGGGAUGGGCGGCGAGUGUUCCUUCUUGAUUUGUUUGCACUUUUUGCGUAUCGUACCGUAUCGUAAUCGUAUCCUAGAACCGGAAUCCUGCUCUUCGACUUUUGUACAUACUUUAUACAAAAAACCUACAUAUAUCUGGGCUCUCCAAGGAUAUAAGCUGAUGUACUAAGCAUAUGAAGCACACAAAACACACAAAGGACAGACGGACGGGACUCAUGUACCAUAUUAUAUAUGUAUCAGCGAUCUAUUACUUAUAAAACAUUAUACAUAUAUACUUAUAUCCAUUUAGGACACGGUUAUUCCUUUUUGAUAAUAGCAUAUUUGUACCACUUUUAAAGCUAAA